UUCAAAAAGUUAAAGUAGAUGAUUUCGUGGUUGACUUAGCUAAUAAGUUUUACGUAGUUGUAAAAAUAAAUCGAGUGUAUCAAAAAUAUUUCGGAUAAUUAUUUUACUUUUGACCCCAUUCAUUGUCAGAAACACGCAUUCAAAUUCGUUUCCGAACAUAGCACACCCAAAACGCCGCCAUUUUCCUUGUUGUAGGUGCCUCAAAUGUCAUAAUAAUUUCAAUUUUCAUGUAAAAUAAAAUUUUCUUUCAUUUUUUAAGUUAUUUAAUAAGUUAAUUUAAGUGUUUUGCAACAUAUUCGUGUGUUAUUAAGUUUGCAUACUGGUCUCGUUCAUGCGCAUUAUUCUUGUGACAGUGGAUCAAGUUAGUCGUCAUUUCAAGGAUUCUCAAUGUCCUACAAUGAGGAUCAUCUUCAUAAAAGGUAGCAAGAGCGUUACGCCCACAGAGUGAGGAUAAAGCCUAUGUUUUUGUGUUCAUGCGGUGAUGAGAACGCGAAGUGUGGUGAAAGUGCGCGAAUAUUGAUGGGACAAUGAGCGAUUCUCCAGGCGUGGAGUGGCUCCCUGCGUUCAGCCCUGGCCCGCCACGCCACAGUCCGCUAGGCCCUAUACCGCGGUUUCUGUACGAAGAUGUGCAGCCGCUCGGCCUGCAGCAGGAAAACAAUAACAAAGAGGCCGACCAAAAAGAGAACACGAACAAAAUCAAACACGCGAAGCCCGCGUACAGUUAUGCCAGUAUGAUACGCCUGGCCAUCAGCAGCUCGCCGAACGGCAAAAUGACGCUGAACGAGAUCUACACAUACAUAUGCAAUGCAUUCCCGUAUUACAAAGAGGCCGGUAAAGGAUGGAUGAACUCAAUAAGACAUAACUUGUCUUUAAACAAGUGCUUCAUGAAGGUAGCGCGCAGUAAGGAUGAUCCUGGUAAGGGCUCGUACUGGGCGAUGGACACCAGCUACAAAAUGGCGGAAGUGGCUCCUAGACGACGAAGGAGCCUUAGGAUGGCGCCGUACAGCCCCGAGUGCAGCUCCAACAGCAGCGGCGAGGCGGGCGGCGCCCCGCCCCCCGGCGCAGACGCCGCGCCCACUCCGCCCGCCACGCCCACCACCCCCACCACGCCGACAACACCGACGUCGCCCACCGUGCCCGGGGCUAUUAAAGAGGAACCUGUUAUAAAAGAAGAGCCAGAUUCUAAACACACAGACGAUGCCCUGUCAGCCCUGAUGAACGAAGAGUUGAUGACUGACGUCGACAUAAGCAGUGAGCGGCUGUGGUGCGCGGGCGGCGGCGCGCACGUGUGCGGGUCGCUGCGCCACAGCUCGCUGACGGACGACUACGGCAACUUCGUGGUGACGCGCGUGGACUGCGACUGCGCGGCGGGCCCGCCGGCCGCCCCGCCGCCGCUGCCGCCGCCCUACUGGCCCGCCGAGAUAUUAUAACACCCGCCCGCGAGCCGGGUCGCUACCCUCGUCCGUUCGGUUGCUCUUUACCUUCAUAUCAUGGUUUCUUUCUAUGUCAAUUGUUUUUGUUACUCUAUCGUAGUUUUACAGUCGUCCGUUCUUGAUGUUUUGACGAGAGUAUACUUAAUGAAACUUGAUGUAGCGUAAGAGAAAAGUAUUGAAGCGAGGAUUAGAUGUUAUGGAUUGUUCGCAAACGUUUUGAUCAA